AUGGCCACCCGCACCACCUGCCUCCUGAAUGUCUACCAGACCAUCACCAUCAGUCCCAGCAAUAGCCGUUAUCUCUGCCACAUUUCUGAAGCUCUGUUGCUCCUUACCAUCCCGUCCUGCACACGGAAGGAGGGAGGAAAGGAAAAGGGCGAUGCAAUUGCACCACAGCUGUCAUACUGCAUUGAACUCAGUGCAUUCUCCGAAACAAGAAACAUACCUCAGGUCAUAGCUCAGGUCCUCAGGGAGCGUGUCUACCAACUGUUUUAUGCUUUCAAGUCAAUUUUGUGGAGGUUGGAAAAGUUGUAUAAAGGAUCUGAAGAAUCACUGUCCCGGUAUUCUGAAUUUUGCAAUUCUGAAGAAAUCAAGAAAAUGUUUUUGAGUGACUUGAUUUUCACAAUUCUCUUCAUCACUCAGACUGGGUUUGAGCUUCUGGGGAAUUCAAUUCUGCUCAUGCUGUAUGUCACCAUCUUCAUUUCCCAUCACCGACAGAAGAAGAUCACAGACCUGAUCCUCAUUCACCUGACUUUGGCCAACACAGUGACUCUUCUCACCCAGACUACUCCAGGGAUGGUUAUUGCCUUCAGAUGGGAGAAUUCUCUGGGUGUUAUUGAGUGCCAGGUCAACUCCUACAUCAGGAGAGUGGCCAGGGGACUUUGUAUCUGUACCACCUGGCUCCUAGGUUUCCAGGCUGUCACCAUCAGCCCCAGUAACUCUGGCUGGGCCCAUCUUAAACACCAGGUCCCCAAAUUGAUCUUGCCUGCCUUUAUCAUAUUCUGGAUCAUUAAUCUUUUAGUGGAAAUGAAUGUACUAAAACCAAUUGUAGACAGCAGAAAUGUCACCAUCCCAAUCAGUGGCAAUAAUAGGAAGAGUUGUAUUAACAUAUAUUAUUUAAAUAAGCUAAACAGUUCUUCGUUCCUCACUGCUAAAACUGUCCGUGAUGUUUUCUCUGCACUCCUUAUGAGCUGGGCCAGUGGCUAUACGGUACUUAUGCUACACCACCACCAUAGGCAUGUCCAGCACAUUCACAGCAGCAGGCAAACCCACAAAGCUUCUCCAGAGUCCAGAGCCGCCCAGACCAUCCUGCUUCUGGUCACUUGUUUCAUUUCUUUUUACUGUGUCAAUAGCAGUAUUAUUCUGUUUUUGAAUUUUAUCAAGAUGGAUGACAUGACACUUUAUGAUCCUUUAUUAUUUCUGGGUCUUCUGGUGGUUCCAUUUGCUGGUUCAAAGGUGUUCCUCCUCACGGUGAUGUUCUAUUACUGCUAUGCCCGCCAUCUGCCUCCCCCGCUCUUACAAGAUCCUCAAGGACCCAAGGGCUUGCGGGAAGAUGGCUACCAUCUCAUGGCUCGGUGGAGGGCUGUUUGCAGUGAUGUCAUCCUCUGGAACGUUCUCCCUAUCCUUCUGCGUGUUCUUCCUGAUCUGGCAGUUCUUCUGUGA